CGACCUUCCUUCGCACCCAACCGUGGAUUCUGAUCCCCGGAUGUCCCAGAGAUAAGUGGAGGGCUCAGGCCACGGAGGGGAUGAAAAUGGAGCGCUGGGUUGGGACAUGCCGGGGGGGAUUUUUGAGUCAGUUUUGGUUAUGGGGAUGUCCAAGAUGUGACCCUUUAGGCCACAUCGAGGGAAGCUCUCGCAAGGCCGAGCGUUCCCGGUGUGCGUCGUGUCACUUGUCCGUCGGGUCUUCUGUGUGUCCCGUGUGGCAGGUCUUUUGCUGUGGCCCUUUGAGGGGCCUGUUGAAAAUGCCAGGCACUGUUCUGAGCAUCUCCCUAUUCCUUGGCCAGGUGCCUGAGCCUUUGACUCGGGAGCUCAGACUCGCAUUUGAAUCGCAUCCUUCUCUAGACUCAUCCAGUCCAAAGUCUUCUCAGGUCUUGUUCUGAGCUGUAUCGACAGCUGUGCACUGCCACAAUCCCUUCUGGUGGGUCAGGACUUGUAAGAAUGCAAAGAUAGGUAGAGAAUUCUGGCCCUAGGACUCUUGGGCAUCCAUCACUGUGGUUCUUGGACUGAGUCAUCUUGUUAGCAUCUUCUUCCUGCAGGGUUCUGUGAGCCUGGCCAGCUCACCUUGGGUCUCCCCUUGGUCAUUGCAUUCCGAGUUCUCUCCGUCCUCAGGGCCGUUCUUCUUGCUGAGAGCUUUUUCUCUCCCUGUUGCAUCCCCUCAUUGGCCAUUUCCUGUGUAACAGAUGUUGGUGGGUAUUUGGCCGCGAGCUGCUCUGCCUUGCUGCAUAGCUGGCUGUAGGGGUAAUAGGACAAGGUCUGCGGCCUUGAAAUUUGUAAUGUAGGGUGUGCUUGGACUGUAGAUGGUAGCUGUAGACUGACACCAGAUGCCUGGAGCUGUCAAGUUACCCUGCAGCACUGUGACGUUUUUCCAAACAUUCUUUCCGAUGCAGAUGGAUUUAAUCAGUGGCAGAGCGCUCCAUCCCAGUGGAGGGGGUUCCCCCAAGGAAGUUGGUCACUGUUCAAGUCGAGAAUCUCUUAUUUCACAUUUAUUGGCCCUCCAGUGCAGGCCACUGACACGAACAGCUUCAAACGAGCGAUUCCCCUGCUAACCCUGCCCUGGGAGCAGCUGGAGCCUCCAGGCCGGGCUGAGGGGGCAAACACUUGGGGGUGACACAGCUCCACACUGAGGGUACUUGGGGACAAUGUGUCGCUUUGUCCUGGAUUUUUUUUUUUUUUUUAAGCUUUCUACAAGUUUUCAAUCAUUGACUUGGUAAAAAUAAAUGGUAAAGACUGAAAACAUGAGAGGCUGACAAGUUAUAUGCACCAAAGACAACUUUUUUUAAUAGCUGUGAGACUUAUAUCUUGAAUUUGGGACUUCUCUUUUGGCCAGCUGUAUUGUAAGAAGUCUUAUUUUAAAGUAAGCUGUUUCAAUAAUGAAAUUAUGGUACAAAUACCCUGUAAUGUCAGAAGGCUAAAAGCACUAACACCAACAUGGCACCACCAUGGCCGUGUGAAGAGCCCAAGGGAAAUGCCGGCUGGCUGAGGGAUCCUUGCGUCCCCUCUGGAAUAAAUCCUCGGAGCUGCUGCUUUGCAGUCCGGUUUGGACACAUUUUGCUGCCGCUUUGGUUCUGAGGAAGCGGAAAUCCGUGGAUUCCUGGAUGAUUUCCGUAGCUUCCCCUAUUUUGGAGGAGCUGCAGGGUGAGGGAGCUGGCAAAAAAGGAGAGAGCCGCUAGGAAGCAAAGAAGCCGCCCGAAGGCCUUAUCCCAGCCCAGGGUUCCCACUUUUCUCUCUGACUCCUGAAUAAUUGCUUGAGCAUAACCAGGGAGCGUCUGUUUGAUUUCCUGCCUUUUCCAAUAAAUCCUUGCCUUCAGCUGGAGCGCGUUCCUGGUGUCCUCCUCCUCCUCCUGCUGCAUGGAUUUGUAAAUAAAGUUCCUGCCUUCUGUCCCACUGAAUUUUGUUAUUCCAGCAAUUGUGGCUCGCUCGUUCCAUUGAAACUUCCCCGCUCUGCCGAGAGUUUGAGAUGUCAAAUCCAGGUAAGACUGGAGUUUCUUUGGAUUGCUACUCCCACAAAACACAGAUAAUUCUUGGAGAAGUGUAACGUGCCAUGUUUAGUUCUCACUUCCCUUUAAAAUCAGAGCAGAGGAGGCAGAUUUUAAAUCAUCCUUCCAUGAACUUCCAGCAGCCUCCUGACUGUUCCAAAAGUUUUCAAUGUUAGAAAUUCCCGAGCUUGUUUUCCAGGCAAGCUGGGAUUUGGGUGUUAUUCCUUCCUUUUAUUUCAUGGUUUUCCUCUCUCUUAUUUUAGUGAGGGGGUAUUUAUUGCAAAUGCCGAUUUUCCAUCCCAGUUGGAAUUUUUGUACAUCUUAGGGCACAUUUGCAAGGAAAUUUGCCAAAAGAGUGUCGGUUACUGGGCAUUGUGGAUCACCGUACCUGCAGGAUGCUGUAAAUUCCCAGGAAAACUUGCUGCGUGUUUAAUUGCCGUCAUGAAUCUCUCUGUAAAGUCAAAUUCACUGCAUUUUUAAUGCCGUCAAUCCCAUUACAACCUCACUCCUGGCCUAAUUGCUGUUCCCUGGACACAAUGGGGUGGAUCUUUCCUGCCUUGGCACAUUUGGAUGUUCAUGCGAAUAUGUGGCAGAUUGUCUGCUGGCAACAAAGAAGUUGGAAAAUGACAGCCGUGGCCACCCCCCGAAGGCCUGGAUAUAAUGGGGAGUGAGAGCAAAGCCUCUGUACUUUCUGCUCCAUUGAGGAACCCGAAGGGAGAAAGCUAUUGCAGAGUGCUGGGGAGACUGUUUGGGAUAAAGAGCUGAAAGCUCCACGCUCCCGAGGGAACGCUUUGGGCCCCUGCCGCUUCUGAAGCGCACCGAUAAUCCCGGCUCCCCCAGAAACCUUCCGAAGCUGGAAGAGACAGGCAAGACAACUGCAGGAGGGGUGCGGGAAGCACUUUCUCCCGGGUCUGGACGGCGCUGAGAUGGGAAUGACUUCAGAAUAUUCCUCGUGCCUCUCCUGUUGCCAGCCCGGGACUAAGUCAGUCCCUGCGUGUGGUGGGAGGAAGCCUGUGCUGGAGAGCGAGAGAAAGGUCCCUGCUGGUCGCUGUGUCCUCGGUCGGCAGAGAACUGUGACCUUGGCCGGAUGGGUCGUUGCUGUAUCUCUUGGAUGCUGUGCAGAACGGAAUCAGGCAGCCAAACCUCAGGUUCACCUUCUCCCUGGCCCUUUGCAUUGCUUGUGUGGCAGAGCAGAUCCUGAAGCCAGGUACUGGAACUUCCCGCGUGUGUCGCUGCUGGGGUGGAAACCAGAGCCUCGGGGAACGUUGAUCUCCUCGCCUGCUUUGUGCUCCUGCACUCCUGACUGAACUUUUCAUUCUGGGGGAGAGAAGGGGAGGGAUGGGCAGCAGUGUAAUGAGCCUCAGAGCAAAGGCCUCCUGCAGUUCCUGGGCUGUUCUCCCAGCUUGGAACACUGCACAGUACAGCUUCCAUUUAUUAUGGGAUUAUUGUCUGUGGUUGUGGGUUGGGAACAUUGUCUUCCUCCACGAUGCCAGUUUUUUCUGUUCACAGAGGAGCACGUGUACAUAAAGGUAAAUAGAUUCCUUCUGUCACAUGAGUAUUUGGACCUGAGGAAAGUACCAGGUUUUUUCCAGCUUUUCUACAGUUUUGAUUUUGAGGCAGGAGUCCCAUUUUAGGUAUCCAGUAAUUCUUCAGAAAUUUAUAGAAAAAAAGCCAUAAGAAUACAUUGAAAUCUCAUUCUCCCAUAGGUAGUUAAUUGGAGGUAUCUUUCUUUUGUUUCAUACUGAAAUUAAAAAUGCUGUUUCCGUGGGGUUUUUGCUGUUUUCCUAAUACUAGCACCCAAUGAGUCAUGCUGUGUGUGUUCUGUGAGCACAAUAUGCAGAAUAUUCUGCCCCAGCUGGCUUACAUUAAUCUCUGAGUUUUGAUUAGCAAUGCUGAGUUCAACUGAAGUGUUUUAGGAUCAGCAGCUUCUACAAUUCCAUUUCCACUGCAUGUUUGGGCUGCAGACUGACUGUUCCUGAUGGAUGUUAGUGAUUAAAUUUGAUAGGAAUGGAAACGGGGAAGUCCAAAACAAGCUCUGGUAAGCCCUGAGCUGGCACUCCCAGGGAACCAGAGUUUUGUCCUCUUAGGAGCAGGUGUUAUUUGGAAAUGUCUAAAUGUCUGGUGGUGGUAUUUUUCUUUGUGGCUUCCAGUACAAAGCAGAGCAUGAGUGCAUCCUCAGAUUUCUUGGGAAAGGGCUGCAUGACAAACAUUGCUGUGAGCUUUAUGGCUGCCAGAGGAUUUUCCAGGUCAUUCUUUCCUUUUUCAACAGUCAUUUUUGUGAUGAGGGCUCCCAGAGCCGUAUUCUGGAGAUAUUACAAAGUGCUGCCCGUGUCACCAGAGCUGCCUAUGAGCUGAUACAGGAUCACAGCCUCCUCACAUGGGUCCUGCACAGCUUAGAGAAAAGGUUUCUGGAAAACAAGGUGAUAAAUAAAAUUAUUUUCUUACUCCAUACUCUGUGGCUAACAAAUUUAGGGGACAAGAGAGAAAACAAGAGUUGUUCCCAGGAGAAGAGGAAACUUCUUCCUCUUCAGCUUGUCAAUGAAUUUCUGUAUGUUUUGGUCACGUUAAUCAAAUGUAUUCGGACUAAUGUAGAUCUGGCCAAGCUGGCUGAGUUCUUCAGCCCCCUCAGCUCUGUGCUGGAAUACCGUGCUGUUGUUGCUGAGGCUUUUAGGGAGAUGAGGCGUUUCACGGUCAACGACAGCGUCCUCUCCAGCAGGGAGCUGCUGCUGCUGCUGCACAAGUGGAGCCUCAUCUGCAGAGACCUGCAGCUGCAGGAGGACCUGCAGGCCCUGGCUCAGAAGUACCAAAACAAAGAACUGCUCAAAAAUAUUAAAGACAAGAACAAACCUCAAGCCUCAUCUCAUGUGUAUCGUCACAUUCAGAAAAAGAAUGAGGUGGAAGAAGAUGACGCUGCUGCAGAUGUGGAAGUGUCUCAGCUGGAGAAAUGCAGAGAGCAUCUGAAUUCCAUACUUGCCCACUGGGACCCUGUUUUCCUGGCACCACCCUCCCCCCAGGGAGGGGAGACCCUCAGAGCUGGUGAACCUGGGGGCGAGGCAGUGGCUGACAUUUGUGCAUCCACUCCCGUGGUCAGUGCGGGGCUGGUGAGGUCCCUGGCUGGGCAGAGCCUCCUCAGGGAGCAGGACGUGUCCCCAGCACUGAGGUGGCUGCUGAACUGCUCAGGGACGAGACACUGAGGAGCAAUCUCUCAAGGCUUUUCACCCGGCUCUGCCAGGUCGGCAGCACCUCAGCUGGGCUCUCCAGGGAGCUCGGAGUGCUCAGCUCCAUCAUGCUGCAGCUCCUGGAGGAGCAGGGCCUGGCCAGCACCUUCCACGAGCUUGUGAAAUCCCUGCGCUUAUCGAUGCAGACAGGACAGCUGUUUUUGUAUUCCUGACUUCCGUUUCCAUCGGGGACACGUGGCUUGGAGCGCAGGAGCCAUAUGUGUUACUCACCCGCAUCAGAUUGGUCUGCAGCAGUGCAGGUUAUGAAUUACAGGAUGACUUGGAAACUCGGAAACAGGGAAAAGAAAUGAUUGUGUCUCUUUGCAAAAAAUUUGGCUACAUCAGGGCAUUAAUUCAGGGAAGGAACACUUCAUCUUUAACGUUCUGUGCUCUGCCAUCAUCACUGUGAGCCAUGAAAGCCUCCUGAGCCCUUCUCAUACAGAGCUGACUUGUUUGGUCAAAAAAAUCAAUAUUUAUUACUGUGUGCAAACUCAGGGGAAAGUUUUUAUUCAACAUCUCUCAGUAGGACAUUAAAGCUCGGAUUUCCCUUUUCUUGAGCAGUCUGAGACACAAUAUUACUUCUAUCAUCUUUAUUACAGGCAUUUAAAACUUUUUAAAGAACCAGAAAGACUGUUUGUGCACAUGUGUGUGUCAUUAAUAUCCACCCUCUCUCCAUUAGAGGAUGGGAAAAAAAGGCUGCAGAGCUUCCUACCACGGGCUGUAAGUGCAAAUGAUGAGGAGCCAGAGGUUGAGUCAUGAUGAUUUAUUAUUUCUUAAAGAACCUUGUUGAUUUUGUGAUUCCAAAACCAGUAUGAAUAGAAGACUGAACUUGGGACUCAUGAUGGUCUUCUUGGGUUUAAAAAGCUUUAAUGGCUUUGACAGACAUUUAUAUCAGACCUGGUUCAUUUUUAUUACUUUUUUUAAUUUAAAAAAAAAAAAAAAAAGCCCUGUUCCAUCACUGCUGCCGAACAAAAGCCCAUCUUCCCUCCACUUGGAACACGUGAGAGACAGAACUAAACCCCACAGGAUUUUCUGCUUAUCGCUGAUAUGUGAGUUGUAUUGGGAAUUCUCUGUGAAAUCUGAUAAAUUGUUCUGGAAUGUGGCUGUGAGGGUAGCUGAACGUGCCAGCCCGGAUGUGCAAAGAUGCAGUGCCAGAACGAGAACCUUUGAAAUGUAAACCAGGAUUUAUUCAGUUGACUCACGGCUGCGUGCUGUGCCCAGGUCCUUUGUACAAAUACUGUGCAGGGAAAAACCAGAACGGCACAUUCCUUGUACUAUGUAUUGAAUUUUGGGGAUGGCAUAAAUAAAAAUGAGAUGCAAAUGAGGGAA